AUGUUUACGUCAUUAAAAAAUAAAAUACGCGAAGAAACUGGCAACGAUGUAGCACCACUAUCCGUGUCCCGCACUCGUCGAAGUCGGCCAGAAUCACUCACCAGUGCCAGUUCGAUCGAUGAGCUCAGUGUCCUGGAGCAGAAAGAUGCCGAGUUAAGUGCCACCCGGCUCGAGCUCCAGGAACUUGCGGGCCAUUUGAGUGGCUUCCGGGAGCAGGCACGUUCGCUCGAGGAAGAAACCGCUCGGCUGAAGCAAACCAACAGUGCACUCGAGGCUAAACUACAGGCAAGCCAGCUGCAGCGGGAUCUGCAGCGUGAAGAACAGGACAAGAUACAGAACUGCCAGCAGCAGGAAAUAUCGAAGCUGAAAAGUAUGCUGCUAUUUCGCGAACAGGAAGCGAUCGAUCGAAUAGCGCAUCAGAAGAAUGCGGAACAGCAAGCCGAAAGCCUUCGGCAGGAGGUGAACCGGCUGCGGGAACUCGAACCGAUGCUGGAAAACACCCAGGACGAGCUGGAAAACUUGCGCCAUUCGUCGCAGUGCGAGCGGAACAAUUUGAUGUCAAAGUUGGCCGCAGUUGAGGAAGCGAACCGGCAUCUGAAAAGCCGCGUGCAGGUGCUGGAAGAAACGCGAGUCUCGCUCGGCACGAACAGUGGCAGUACGGAUGAGAAGGUGCAGUGUUUAUUGCAAGAACGCGACCUGUUAGAGCAACGUCUAGAAGCGGCACAUUUGCAUCUGUCCGACAUUAAGACACGCUGGAGCGUUCAAAACAUGACGCUCGAAACACAGGUAAGCCGUUUGUCGCGCCAAGUUGCGGAGGAAACCACCGAAAAGCAUAACGCGCUCAAGGUAAAGGACGAGUUGAUCGAGAAGCUAAAGCAGCUUGAGUUCGAAUUCGAGAAGCUACGAUCGGAAGUAACCCAACGUGACAAUAAGAUCAAGCUUAUGAAUGAAGAAAUCGAUGAACUACAUUCGGCACUCCGGGAGGCACGUGAGCAGCACGAAGAGGAGGUCACGUUCAUGAGCAGUAAAGUAGAACAACUAGAAACGGAGUGUACCGACCUACGUACGAACCUCACCGAAUCGGAACAGCGACUGUUAGAGUGUUUGGAGAGUGCUGACCGCAGCACCGGUGCCUAUCAGGGACAGGUAGCUGAACUAGAAAACACUGCGCGAGAACUUAAUCGUCAGCUGGCUAGUGAAACACAGGAAAAGAUGGCAGUCCUGAUGAAGAAUGCAGAAAUGUCGCAACAGGAGGAAAUUUUGCGCCAAGAACUGAGACAUGAAAAAGAUGAAUCGAUCGAGCUUCAUGAUCGUGCUAUAAUGCUGCAGCAUGAACUAGAUAAACGCCUAAAUACUGUCAAUGAGCUGAGGAAACAGGUGGACGAACUCAUGACUACGAAUCUCAAUCUAAACGCUGAUCUUGUCGAUAAAAAUAAGAUAAUAAAAACAUUGAAUCAGCGUCUGGUGGAUAUGAAGAAAACGCUCCAGGAGGAACUUAAAGGUCAACAGAAUGGUAGCAACAAUAAUAACAUUGUCGCCAACUACAUGGGUGGCGUUCAACCACCAUCCCAUGAUCGAUCGCUGGAACGGUCGAAAAGCUUCGAGGGGAAAACGAUUGCAAAAGAGAACGGAACCCUGAAGCAGAACGGAACGAGCAGCGGGCCGGUGGUGAUGGAUGAAGUGAACUUCCGCUAUCUUAAGCAUGUGAUAAUCAAAUUUCUAACUAGUCGUGAGGUUGAAGCGAGACAUUUAAUAAAGGCCGUGUCUACGCUGCUGCAGCUUAGCUACGAGGAAGAGAAACUGCUGCAGGACACGUUGAACUGGAAGAUGAGCUGGUUCGGUAGCCGACCGGGUCAGGUACCGAUGUCUACUAGCUAA